UGCCUUCCUUGGCGUUGCCCCCGCUCCGCCUCGAACUCUCGCUGCCAUCCAUAAUUCAUCGACUCCCAGCAGGAGAGGGGAGCAGACUGAGGCAGCUUCUCCGAGAGAGAGAGGGAGCGGGCGAAAGGGGCGGGGAGGGGCGCAGGGAGGAGCGAAGGAGGAGGAGGAAGCAGGGGCAGCAGCAGUGGCGACGGAGCCUCCUCGCAGCGGCAUCACCAGCCUUGGGCGCGCUCUUCCCCGGCUUCCCUUGGCGCCAUGUCCCCACAACGCGCGGCAGCCGGCUCGGAGGAAGACACGGGAGGAUGAGGACGAGGCGGCGGCGAGGAAGGAGGCGGCGGCGGGGAGGAGGAGGCGGCGGCGGCGGCGGAGGAGGAGGCGUGGGAGAGGUGCGGGCGGCGGCGGCGGAGGAUGAAGUGGGGCGCCCGGGGAGCCUGCGCCGCGCUCUCCAGCUGCCUCCUCCUCGCCUGCGCCCUCAGCGCCGCCGCCGUGGGCCUCAAGUGCUUCUCGCUGGGCACGGAGCUCAAAGGGGAGCCCUUCCGCCUCGGCUCCGCCGCCGGCGCCUUCUACUCGGGGCUGCUCUUAGCCGCCGGCCUCACGCUCCUCGGGGCCGCGCUCUUCUGCUGCCGGGGCGCCGACGAGGCGGCGGACGCGGAGGCGCCUUCCCCUCGAGCCGAAGGAGGCAACGCGGUGGCGGCGGUGCCCAUCAGCAGCCACGGCAGGGACGGCGACGAGCCCCAGCCGCUCCCGGCGCCCUCCCCGCCCAAAGUCUCCCCCGGCGGGCGGCAGAACUUCCUCCUCCUCGGGGUGCUCGUCUUCAUGCUGGGCGUCCUCAGCGCCUUCGCCGGGGCCGUCAUCGACGGCGACACCGUCUCUCUCGUGGAGAAGAAGUACUCGCACUACUGCCUCCUGCAGGCGGCUGGAGGAGGUGCAGCAGCAGCAGGAGGAGUAGGGGGAUCCAACCGACCCUCUUCUGCCUCCUCUUCCUUGGCGGCGCUGCGCUGCCAGAAACUGCGCGACUACCAGCGCGGCUUGGUCAUCUCCACCAUCUUCAACGCCCUGGAGUGCCUCCUCGGCCUGCUCAACCUGCUCCUGGUGAAGAACUACAAGGCGGCCCAGCAGAGAGGGGCGAGGAGGAGGCAGCAGAGGAGGCGAGAGGCCUCCCACUUCGCCAGGAGGAGGAGGAGACGGAGGAGGAGGAGAAGGGGAGAAGCAGCAAGAGGAGGAGGGGGCCUCCAGGGCUCCAUCUUCUCCAGCGAGGACCCAGACAUCUCCCCAGGGGUGCCGUGCCCCUUCCAAGCCGUCUCCUACAUCAACGUGGGCGUCUUCCACGUCUUCGACGAGGCCGGCGUGGAGGUGCACUGCGGGGGACACCCCUCCGUCGAGCUGCCGGGCUACUCGCCUAUGGACCCGGAGAUGGACACUUCCUACCCCUACUGCCCCCCGCUGCCGCACGAGCAGCCCCCAGCCUACGAGGAGAUCUACCCGCGGGAAAGCUCAACAACACACAGGGUCUAGUAGGGCCUUCCACUUCUGACAGAGAGUCCAGGACAGAGACGCAGAGGAGGAGGACAACAGGCCCUUGGAUCUGCCAGCGAUUAAGGACCUGGCUCCACGCCGCUGUGGCCUGGUUGCUCUUUUCCAAAGCAGGCCCACUUUGAAAGAACUUGGGAAAAGUUGCUCGCCUUUUGGCCACCUGUUGACGUCCCGAGGCUCCUCUUCUCCAUGCGCCACUCACUCAAGCGUGGCCUUCUCUCCCUACCGAGUCACCCUUUCAGCUUCCCCCAGAAAAGGGAUGGAAAUUUGGGAUCAGAUUUGGAAGGUCUGGCUGGAAACCUCACAUCUCCCAAUGUCACCAGUGCUGAGCGAAUGGGAAAUAUUUCAGUUUAGGGACUUGGAGGGUCAGGUUUGGAAUCUGGCAUCUCCAACAUCACCCAGGGAGUGGGGUGAGCACCCGUCUGUCAGCUCUAGCUCCCCAUGCUGGGACAUGAGAGAAGCCUCCCACAGGAUGGUAAAACAUCAAACAUCUGGGUGUCCCCUGAGCAACAUCCUUGCAGACAGUCAAUUCUUUCACACCAGAAGCGACUUGCAGUUUCUCAAGCCGCUCCUGACACGGAGAAAAAAAAACAUGUCCAAUGUUGAGCGAAUGGGGAAUAUUUCAGGGUUUAGGAGGCUUGGCAUUGGACUUGGAAGGUCUGGUUUGGAAUCUUGUAUCUCCAGCAUCACAAGUGUUGAGCGAAUAUUUCAGGGCUGUGUUCUCUCCCAUCUGGCUUGGAUUUUUUUUGGUUUUUGUUUUGGCAGUCUGGCUCCCGCUCCUCUUUCUCCCUCAAUUGAAUCUUCAUGAUAAUCUCAGCUUUAUGUUGUUGAAGGCUUUCAUGGCUGGAAUAACUGGGUUGCUGUGAGGUUUCUGGGCUGUAUGACUAUGUUCCUGAAGCAUUCUCUUCUGACAUUUCACCCACAUGUUUGGCAGGCAUCCUCAGAGGUUGUGAGGUCUGUUGGAAACUAUUCAAGGGAGGUUUAUAUAUCUGUGAAAUGUCUGGGGUGGGAGAAAGAACUCUUGUCUGUUUGAAGCAAGUGUGAAUGUUGGUUGCUGCCUGGGAAAAUCCUUUGUUAGGAGGUGUUAGCUGGCCCUGAUAGAUUCUUGUCUGAAAUUCCCCUGCUUUUGUAGUGUUGUUCUUUAUUUGCUGUCCUGAUUUUAGAGAUUUUUUUUAUUACUGGUAGCCAGAUUUUGUUCAUUUUCAUGGUUUCCUCCUUUCUGUUGAAAUUGUCCACAUGUCAACAAAAGAUUCCCCCCAGGCAGCAAACAGGCAGGCUUUGAAGCUGCAAGGCCAUUAAAUGGUAAUCAAGGUGGCCAAGUGCAACAUUCAGACCUGCCUCAAACAGACAAGAGUUCUUUUUCCUAUCCCGGACAUUCCACAGAUAUAUUAACCCAAUUUGCCUAGUUUCCAACAGACCUCUCAACCUCUGAGGAUACCUGCCAUAGAUGUGGGCAAAACACCAGGAGAGAAUGCUUCUGAAACAUGGCCAUACAGCCUGGAAAACUCACAGCAACCUAGUCUCAGCUUUAAAGAAGCAAAACUGUAUCGGCCAGAUUUGAACAGCAGCGACAACAAGAUGUAAGGGUUUCCUUUCUCUCUCUCCAGCCAAUCUAUUUCUAACCGCAAAGAGAGACUUGAGAGCAGUUGCAGACACAACCUCUUUUGUUUACAGAAUUCCAGAGAUGUUACAUUAAAGGUUUUUAAGAUGUAGGAAGAGUUGAAACCAUCCUUGUAAGAUGCACACGAUGAUAAACCUGCACUUUUCAAAAGGAGGGGCGGCGGGGAGGGGGAAAUCAACGACAACAUUUUUGUACACUAAUGUGCCUGCUUUUUUUUGGGUUGAUAAUUUCUUACUGUAAAAGCUUUCAAGAAGUCUGUAGUGAAAAUGUUUGGUAAAGUCAUUGCAACGUAAAAUUAACCAAUCAGUUCCUUUUCCGGAAAUAGAAAACGCUACCUGGAGCUGAAGGAAAGUCCAAAUGUCUCAUACAUUCCUUUUUUGUAAACAGGUUCCGUGUUUUUAAAGCAAAGCAGGGCUUAUAUUUAUUUUUAAUUUUUUUGUUUCAGAGCAGUUGAACCCUCUUUUGUACAAGUACAGCCAGUUAUUCUUGUAAGUAUUUUCAUUUCAGUGUUACAAAUUAAUCUGAGAAGCUUGAAUAUUAAGUUUUUUUAAUUUAAAUAUAAAUACAUAAAUAUAUAUAAAUAAAUAUAUAAAAUAUAUUAUAUAUGCUUUAAACAGCCUUAACUGAUGAUCACAAUUUUCAGUGGAGUUGUUAAAGAUUCCUUCAAAGUACAUUUUCCAAAAGAAAUGCUCUUUCAAACUAAGAAAACUCAACAAGUUGAGAUUAAAAUUAAUAAUAAUGAACAAAAAUACCUUAUAUUGGAGUGGUUAAUCUUUUUCACCUAUAUAUUUAAACCAUGUUAUCAAAAAUGCUGGAGCCCCCAGUGGUGCAAUGGGUUAAACCCUUGUGCCAGCAGGACUGUUGACCAAAAGGUCGGCAGUUCUAAUCCAAGGAGCGGGUUUACCUCCAACAAGAUGGUAAAACAUCCGAGUGUCCCCUGGGCAACGUCCUUGCAGACUGCCAAUUCUCUUACACCAGAAGUGACUUGCAGUUUCUCAAGUCACACCUGACACAUACACAAAAAAAUGCUUUAUUUAUGGUCAAGCCAUAUGUGAUAUGGGAGACCCAUCAUCUGGUCCCAAUGAAGAGGUUUCCCAUUAUUUCCUUUUUUACAAGCCUCUUAAACAGGUGCAAGAAACUCCAAAUUUGUUAAGAAUAAUAAUGCUGGGAUAAAAAAAACACACUGGAAAAAUAGUGUGGGUGUAUUUCCUGCUUAUUGUUUUUCUUGGUGACAUUUCCCUGAUUUAAAUAUUUCCACUCUCCCCACCCCCCUUUUUGUCUUCUCGCCCCAUUAGGGAAUGCUGUAUUUCUCUUUGCAAGGCUGAAAACAGAAUUCAGAGCAGUAUAGAUUUAUCAGACUAUAUGAAGCAAAAGCGUAAAGCACACUGUACCAUUGAUCUGAUCAAAUUCAGAGCCUUCUGUGCCUAUUUUAAAGUAAAUGAAAGAAACGUUGGGAGAUCCGAUUGUAGAUCUCCUGUAUCAAAUGUGCUUUAGGUUUAAGUCGGCUAGAGAAUGUUAGAGAAUCAGAUAGCACAAGGAAGGUAAUUAAAAGAAAUCACUUUGGAAUACUGGCAUAAAAGGGUAAGAUUUAAUUUAGAAUUACAUAAAAGGAGGAAAAGAGGGGUAUUUCAGCUCAUAUUAUCCACCUAUUAUGCCAACUAAUGUGUUGAAUUCUAUUUAAAACUCAACCUCUUCAUUAUCAGAGCUGGGAUGUCUCAUUUUGCUUAUAUUUCUUUGUAAAAUACCAUGUACUCUGAAGGCGCUAUAUAAAUAAUUUUUAAUAAUAAUUCAUCUCAGAGCCUGCUGUGGAAUGCGAGCAUCAUCAAUAGAAGAGGCAGCAUUACAGGAAAACAGUUUUGUCCUUUUGGGGAGUGGGGAGAGAUGUACAGAAAGUUAUUUUUAAUUAAGGAGCUGAACAAAGCAAAAGUGCGGCCUUGUUGAAAACAACAACUACCAGAAGAGAUCAACCCAACAGCGGUGAAAGCCUCUGUACACUACUUUGUUAUUGGAAGUUGUUUUUGACUUGCUCCGUUUGUAUAACAUAAAAUGCAAAAUGCCUUAGAACAUUUAAAACUAUAUCUUUCAAAACUUAUCAAAAUAUUUAAUCUUUAGAACUUGGUCAGAGGCAAUUCAUCCAGUUUACUAAGUAGCUUCAGAUUUUUAGAAAACUAGAGCUUCUAUUCUUAUUCAAAAGUAGCAUUCUCUCCUUUGCAGAGAGCAAGCACAAUGCUUAAGCAGUACACAAGACCUAGUUUAAAGUAGAUCACGUUUCUCCUCUUCUUCCUCUCCUCUCUCUCUUCUCUCUCUCUCAAACUGUUAUGAAUUCUCUGUUUCUGAGGGUCCUAUAUGUCAUUCUUUGGUCUAAAACAGUGAUUCCCAACCUGUAGUCCUUGGACCACCAGUGGUCCGUAAGAACUAAAAUAUGGUCCAGAGCCUCACUGUUACUACUAUGGAUAAUAACACAGCCCAACCCCCCCAAAAAAUUUUUCUUGGUAUCUUCGUUUUUAGGCCUGUUCUUGGGGUUGUUUGAGGUGCUGAUUCAGAAUAUUGCAUCGGAUAGACCACAUCAGCUCCAGAUUAUUAAAUAUGGUUUUCUGUGGGCAAGCAGAUGGUGACUAUUGGACGAUAUAUGUUCUGUAUCAGAAACUAGAGCUGUGGUCUAUCCAAAUCAGCACCCCAAAUAACCAGACCGAAUCUAAAGUUGACCAAAAAUUGAUUUGUAACCCUUUUGAUGCUGAUGUUGAAGAGUGGUCCCUGGUCAAAGUGGUCCCAGGUCAGAAAAGGUUGGGAACCACUAGUAUAAAAGGGCAGCCUCCAAGAUUGAGAGGCGUGGGAGUUGUGGAAAAGGAUGGUUUGUAUCUUUGCACAUCUUCCAUCUAGUUCACUGGGCUGUCAGAAGAGAAGUCCUCCAUGAAAUGUGCCCUCUAUCUACAGUGCUUAUCCAAACGCACUACUAGGAUGUAUAUAUGGCCAAGUGUUUUCUAGGCUAAAUUGAUGCCUAUGAGUUUUGAAAUACCUAUUUCAUUAUCUGAAUAAAACAACCUGGUUACUUUUUAAAAGUU